UGGGAUUGGCUAAAACCUUCCGCCUCCCUUGGCACCGCCGGUUCCCGAGGAGCCGCCGACAUGGAACCCUCGCGGCUCUCCCCGGAGGCCGCGGGCAAGCCUCAAGGUUUGAUCGCCAAGGACCGCUGGUUCAGCAUCGCCGCCUACAUCUCAUCUGGAGAGGGUGGUAUUGCUGCUGCCCUGCGGAAACAUGUUGAGGAGGAAGCUCGACAUCUCAGCAGUGAAGAUCUUCUAAGCGUUAUGGAUCAGCUCUAUGAGCAAAUAUCUAGCUUAUUACAAAGCAAUGAUGCUACUGAAAGUUUACUGGCUCUUCAUGCUAUCGAUGCUCUGAUUGAUUUACCAGUUGGAGGCGCUUCAAAGGUUUCUAAGCUGGCUAAUGUCUUAAAAAAUGUGUUUGAAGUCAAGCGUGAUCCUGAAAUCCUAGUUCCAGCUAGCACAGUGCUUGGUCAUUUGGCAAAUGCUGGGGGAGCAUUAACUGGACACGAGGUUGAGCGACAGAUUAUUACAACUGCGUUAGGGUGGCUUGGUGCUGAUCGAGUGGAAUAUCGCCGCUUUGCAGCUCUCCUUAUUCUCAAAGAGAUGGCUGAAAAUGCAUUCACAGUUUUCAAGAAUUAUAUCCCUGAGUUUGUUGAUGUUAUACUGAAAGCUUUGAGCGAUCCCAAACUGGUUAUUCGUGAACGAGCAGCUUUAGCCGUGCGUGCACUUGCACAUUCCAACAUGCAGGCGGCGGCAGACUGUGGAGUGAAGAAGGUGAAACGGGAGGGAAUCGAUCUGAUCAGUGACCUCCCGGAUGAGACGCUCUGCACCAUCAUCUCCUUCCUCCGCACUGAUGAUGCCGUGCGCACUUCUGCCCUCUCUCGCCGCUGGCGUCACCUGUGGCGCUCCGCUUCGAUCAACCUUGACACUGUCCAUAUCCCUGGGUUUUGUCCCGAGCAAAUUGAGGUUGUAACCGAGAUCCUUUCUGAGCACCAGGGCCCCAUACGCCGCCUUCACCUCAACAGCCUCUAUUUUGCUGAUCUUGAUGGCUGGUUCAGGUCCCCAGCCCUUGCUAAUCUUCAGGAGUUCGACAUCUAUGUCGCUAAAUUUGAUGAUGUGCUGCCACUGUCUGUGCUCCGCUUCGCACCGACCCUCCGUGUGGCCCGCAUUGCCCACUGCAGCUUCUUUGAGGAUGAGGAGGUCCCAGUAUUUAACUUCCCAUACCUGAAAACACUCGUUCUGGGCUUCCUUUCUGUAUAUGAAGGCACCCUCCACAGCAUUCUCUCUGGCUGCCCUGUCCUCGAGGACCUGCUGCUUGACAGUUGUGAUGGCUUCAGGCGCUUGGUGAUCAACUCGCAGACACUUAGGAGCAUCGGUGUCUGUAAUGAUAUGGGCAGCAUGAGUGAAAUAGUCAUCGAGAAUGCCCCUUGCCUGGAAAGAUUCGUCAGAUCAGAUUUAUUUCGCAGAACCAGCCCACUGCGCAGAGCACCAGUCUUCCGGGUAAUUAGUGCGCCGAAACUGGCGAUCUUGGGCUCACUGACAGACAACGUUGAUAAACUCAAGCUUGGAACCAGAGUUUCACAGCAGGAAAUGGUCGCUGGUAACCUGGAAAUGUUGAUGCGAGGUGUUAAGGUUUUAAAUAUCACGUCUAGUGGCCCUAAUCUUGAUGCAGUGCUUGGCUUCCUCAGAGUCUUUCCUUUCUUGGAGAAGCUAUACAUAAUGUCAUCUCUGCAGAAGGAUAUGCAAAAUGUGCAUCAUCAUGAGCCAACAGCUCUGAUUGAGUCUCUUCACCAUAUCAGAUAUGUAGAGUUGAAGUGUUACACGGGCACGGAUUCGGAUGUUGACUUUGCUAAGUUCUUUGUUCACAAUGCUAAGGCGCUUGAGUUGAUGAAAUUUGUUGUCGAAGGCAGAUGCACUCAGAAAUGGAGAACUGAUCAAUACAAGUGCCUACAGUUUGAUAGCAGGGCUUCUCCAAAUGCUCUAUUGGAUUUUAGAUCUUACUCUGGUCAUGCAUAUCCUGCUGGAUGUAUCCGAAGGGGCAAUCACCAUAAUGAGCAUGUCCUGUCCAUGGCUAAUCCCUUCGAUAGCUCUUCUUGUAGUCACUGCAGAGAUGCCUGAGCAGGUUGAUAGCUCUUCAUGUUUUGCCCGUGGCUGAUCCCUCCCCUUUAUGUGCAAACAUUGCAGUAUGUCUCUCAUUUGAAUGUUUUGGAAGACCUUUAACACAUGUUCAUGACUAUGUUGAAUGUUUUGAGUCAAUACUUGUGUUAUGUGCAAUCAA